AUGAACUUGAUCAAACAGAUAUUCAACUGGGAUGCACUAUUCACGCUUUCCCACAUUACACCAAAUUCACAGAGGCACCUGAAGAAGGUCUAUGCCAGUCUUUCCUUCUGUAUGAUUAUGGCAGCUGCAGGGGCCUACCUCCACAUAUUUAUCCAGUUCAUUCAAACUGGCUUGCUCUUAGCCUUGGUUUCCUUAGGACUGAUAAUAUGGCUAGUAAGAACACCCCACCAUCAUGAAACUGAAAAGAAGAGACUAGUUAUUCUGGCUGGAUUUGCCUUCCUUGUAGGAAGUGGUCUGGGUCCAGCCCUGGAUUUAUGUAUUAUCACCAAUCCAAGCAUUGUUCCCAGCUCCUUGCUUGGCACUGCAAUGAUCUUCAGCUGUUUUACCCUGAGUUCAGUCUAUGCUCAGCAUCACAGCUAUCUCUUCCUAGGGGGCAUCUUGAUUUCUUCCAUGAGCUUGAUUAUUGUCACCUCUUUGGGGAACCUCUUAUUUGGAUCUCAUUUGCUCUUCCAGGUGAACCUGUAUGUGGGACUGGCAAUUAUUUGUGGCUUUAUCCUUUUUGAUACUCAGCUCAUAAUAAAAAAAUAUGAGAAUGGAGAUAAGGAUUAUAUCUGGCACUGCGUUGACCUCUUCCUGGAUUUCGCCACCUUCUUCUGGAGAUUUUUGAUGAUCCUGGCAAUGAAUGAAAAGAACAAGAUGAAAUAAAAGGAACAAACCCAUCAUCCAGCCUUUCUGUCUUUUGGCUCCCAUCCCUCAACUCCUCAUUUUCUCCGUGUACACAUUACAGGGGGCAUAUUCCAUGUUAAUGAAAAACAUCAGAGAAUUUGCACUUUGUAUAUUUAUCUAAGUGGCAGCAGCAGUAUGCAUGUACAAGAUGUAGUCCUACCACCUGUGGAUGCAGUCAUAUCUGGAGAGGUGGUACCCAGUGUCCUCAGAGAGUAUGGUUUGCCUGAACCUCCUCAGGUUAGGGACAGAGAAGUGUGCAACAUGGUAAUAAGACAUUUUGGCAGGCCAGGGGUGGAGCGGUUGGGCAGCUUGGCAAUGAAGGGUGGUAUGAAACUAAAAGGUGAAGCCUUAUACUUGUUACUUCUAGUGGAAGCAACUGUGCAAAUUAAAGGAGGUUUCACAGACUUGUCUGUGCUCUACUCUAAGUUACUGAAAGAUACAGUCCUGUCUAGAAAACAACAGUUUUGA